AUGCUGGCUGUCCAGAACAUGAAAGUUGGCCUUUUCCUUUUGUGGUGGCCAUGGGCUUUGGCUACUGAAAGCAGAGUGCACUGGCGAAAAAGAGACGUACAGGAGAUGUCGAAGAAAGGCAGCCCAGUUCUUAAACGCAGCCCUGAUAUUACCAAAUCGCCACUGACAAAGUCAGAACAGCUCCUGAGGAUAGAUGACCACGAUUUCAGCAUGAGGCCUGGCUUUGGAGGCCCGGCCAUUCCUGUUGGCGUGGAUGUGCAGGUGGAGAGCUUGGACAGCAUCUCAGAGGUCGACAUGGACUUCACGAUGACCCUCUACCUGCGGCACUACUGGAAGGACGAGAGGCUGUCCUUCCCGAGCACCAAAAACCUCAGCAUGACGUUUGACGGCCGGCUGGUGAAGAAGAUCUGGGUCCCCGACAUGUUUUUCGUGCACUCCAAGCGCUCCUUCAUCCACGACACCACCACGGACAACGUGAUGCUGCGGGUCCAGCCCGACGGCAAAGUGCUCUACAGCCUCAGGGUUACAGUGACCGCCAUGUGCAACAUGGACUUCAGCCGGUUUCCCCUGGACACACAAACGUGCUCGCUCGAAAUUGAGAGCUAUGCCUACACGGAAGACGACCUCAUGCUAUACUGGAAGAAAGGCAAUGACUCUUUAAAGACAGAUGAGCGGAUCUCACUCUCCCAGUUCCUCAUCCAGGAGUUCCACACCACCACCAAACUGGCCUUCUACAGCAGCACAGGCUGGUACAACCGUCUCUACAUUAACUUCACGUUGCGUCGCCACAUCUUCUUCUUCUUGCUGCAAACCUACUUUCCCGCCACCCUGAUGGUCAUGCUGUCCUGGGUGUCCUUCUGGAUCGACCGCAGAGCUGUGCCCGCCAGAGUCCCUUUAGGGAUCACCACGGUGCUGACCAUGUCCACCAUCAUCACGGGUGUGAACGCCUCCAUGCCCCGCGUGUCCUACAUCAAGGCCGUGGACAUCUACCUCUGGGUCAGCUUCGUGUUCGUGUUCCUCUCGGUGCUGGAGUACGCGGCCGUCAACUACCUGACCACCGUGCAGGAGAGGAAAGAGCGGAAGCCGCAGGAGAAGCUUCCCUGCACCUGCGGGUUGCCUCAGCCACACGCGGUCCUGCUGGACGGCAGCUACAGUGAUGGGGAGGUGAAUGACCUGGGCAACUACACGCCCGAGAACGGAGACAAGCCAGACAGGAUGAUGGUGCAGCUGACGCUGGCCUCGGACAGGAGCUCCCCACAGAGGAAAAGCCAGAGGAGCAGCUACGUGAGCAUGAAGAUUGACACUCAUGCCAUUGAUAAAUACUCCAGAAUCAUUUUUCCAGCUGCAUACAUCUUAUUCAAUUUAAUAUACUGGUCGAUUUUCUCAUAA